CCGAGCAACGCAGCCACCACUGCCUGGUCUGCUGCUCCUGCUGCUGCUGCUGCUGCUGCUCCGGCUGCUGCUCCGACUGCUGCUGCAGCUCCGGCGUGCGGCUGCGGUCCAUCGCCCGGAGCAGCCGGCACCAAGUUAGCCAGACUGGCCGCAGGCGAGGGAAUGCAGCAGGAGCCCCGGAGGUCUCAGCAGCGAGGCUGAGCAUAGACACCAGCAAAUAAAAAGCCAAGCCAGCUGGGGAUCUGUAAUGCAAGCAGCGUUUCAAGCUUUCUUUUCCGCUUCGCUCUCCUCCUGCUGUUGGAUUUGAGAUCAUGUCAGUUAAUAUUGUUGCUUUUGGGAAUGAGAGAGACGGGUUUUCUGAGGACAAUCAGCAGCCAAGCCUGAUCUGGAGCUAUCUCGGGAGAAGUGCUCUCAUUUCCCACAUCGACAGCAGCUUGUCUGCCAGUCACGUCGGAAACCCAGUUUGUACCGAUUAUCAAGCUUGUGUGUUUGGAAAUGUCAGACUGGUGGUACAUGACUGUCCUGUCUGGGAUAUAUUUGACAGUGACUGGUACACCUCUCGCAGUCUCAUUGGAGGAGCUGAUAUUAUUGUGAUUAAAUACUCUGUCAACGACAAGACUUCAUUUCAAGAACUAAAGGACAGCUAUGUCCCAAUGAUAAAAAAAGCAUUAAACCACUGCUCAGUUCCAGUAAUAAUUUCUGCUAUCGGUGCAAGAAAAAACGGAGUGCCUUGCACCUGCCCCCUGUGCACUUCAGACAGGAGGAGCUGUGUCACCACCUCUGAGGGAGUUCAGCUGGCCAAGGAGCUAGGAGCCACUUACCUCGAGCUGCACACCCUUAAUGAGUUCUACAUACAGAAGUACUUCGGAGGAGUGCUGGAGUAUUUUAUGAUCCAAAGUUUGAAUCAGAAGUCAUCCGAAAAAAUGAAGAAAAGGAAAAAGAUGCAGAAGUGCCAUCGGGUGCAACCACCUCAGCUCGAACAGCCAGAAAAAAUGCCGAUCUUAAAGGGUGAAGCCUCGCACUACGACGCGGACCUGCACAACCUGCUCUGCUGCUGCCAGUGCGCGGAUGUGGCGUUUUACCCCGAAGACUUCAGCUCCAUGGUGGAAGCUCACAAGAUCAUCCUCUGCUCCGUCAGCCACCUCUUCAUGCUGCUUUUUGAGGUGAAGAGCCCCGCCGACAUCCGCGAUGCCUCCAUCGUGCGGAUGGCGCAGAGCCUCUUCACGGUGGAGACGGGGGCCGCCUUCCCCCAGGUCCUCCGCGGCGUCCCACCCUGCGUCUCGCCGGUGAGGGUGGUGGUGAAGGACCCCAUCUUCUGCUCUUGUCUCCCAGACAUCCUCCACUUCAUUUAUUCAGGCGCUUUCCAGUGGGAACGAUUAGAAGAGGAUAUAAAAAAGAAGUUGAAGGAUCCAGAAAAAACUGAACAUGUGCUUGAGAAAGUUAAAUGUAUCCUGAAAACUCCAGGGAAGCUAAACACUGUAAAGGACUGCAGAUCUCACCAGAUAAAACGGCUGUAUAAUACUUCUCUCAGGCUGUUCUUUAAUACGCCUGUCCUAGCUGAUGUCAUCUUCAAAAUACAAGGUGCAACUGUACCAGCCCACAGAGCAGUUCUGGUAGCUCGCUGUGAGGUAAUGGCAGCUAUGUUUAAUGGUAAUUAUCUAGAAGCAAACAGUAUUCUGGUCCCAGUGUAUGGGGUUUCCAAAGACACUUUCCUGUCCUUUCUAGAGUAUCUUUAUACCGACUCCUGCUGCCCAGCCAGUAUUCUCCAAGCUAUGUCUCUCCUGAUCUGUGCAGAGAUGUACCAAGUAAUGAGACUCCAGCAUAUUUGUGAGCUCUACAUUAUCACGCAGCUUCAGAGCAUGCCUAGCAGGGAACUGGCAUCCACAAGUCUCAGUAUUGUUAGCUUGCUCAAAAAAGCGAAGUUUCACAAUUCUGAUUGCCUUUCAACUUGGCUUCUUCAUUUUAUUGCCACUAACUACCUCAUCUUUAGUCAAAAGCCCGAAUUUCAAGAUCUUUCAGCGGAGGAGCGCGACUUUGUAGAGAUGCACCGGUGGCCUUCCGAUCUGUACCUGAAGCAGCUUGCUGAUUACAGGAACUACGUCCACUCCCAGAAAUGCCAUUGCACCGUGAUGUGAGGAGACCGGGCACUGGCCAAGUGUGUCUCCACUGGGAAACCUCUGACUCGGGAUUGCACGGAGCACGGAAAUCGUAUCGAGAGCCAGAGCAGACAGCGACGUGCCCUGGAACACUGCCGUGCCGUGCCGUGCCCUUCCUAACGUUCCUGGCUCUGAUAAUUAACCACAUUGAGAAACGUAUCGUGAAGAUGUCUUUCAGGCAGAAGGAUUUCACAGCCAUGGGCAUUAAAUGCAGUCCGGGGCAGUGUCACGGCUGUCAUCUCUGCCCCUUCCCGUGUCUUUGCUGGUUAUUGUGUCGCUUUCUAUGGCUAUUGUCAGCUGCUAAACCGGCAUCUGCUGCAACAGCUUGCUUUGGAAACCCGUGUGCGGCAGGAGCAGAGCAGCAGUGCAGGGAAGCUGAGGAGCCAACUCGCAGGUUCUUUAGAUGUUUCAGGCCGCAGAACUUUGCUGCGGCGUCUGCUGGGUUGCAGAAUAAAGGGUAGGUUCAAUAGGCAUCUCAGCAACUGUUCUUUUCCUCCUUCCCCGUCAGCCGGCCGGUCCUUUUAGCGAGACCCUUACCGUGGGGUGAGUAGAUGCUUUAAUUCCAGAGGAAUGCCCGUGCAUCGCUAGGUUCUCUGGUGCCUCCCCAAAGUCUAAACACUGAGGCCAUUUUCCCUGCCGCUCAAUGGCAGAAGAAGGUCUGCCGUCAUCAUCUGCACACCACCUUUGGUAGCGUGGCCGUGUUGCGUUUCUCCCCAGGAGGAAAAAGCCAGGGAGAGCUAGGUCCGCUCAGAGCAUUGCCUACGGUACUGGUGGGGACUGGGAGGAACGGGAAGGGGGUCGACAGCCUUUUGCAGGUGUUUUGUAGGUGGGAGGAAACUCAGGGCACCAGUGACUUUCUUGGGACCAGUGGGUCUGGUAACGCUGGGUGCUCGCUGGUGGCUGAGAGCGCAGCCGUCUGCUGUGCUGGUCCUGAGGGAGGUGACCCUCACGGGUACACCAGUCCUGGGGGGAACGUCGGCUUUUGUAACGGGACCCUGAGCUCGGCUGUGCCCCGGGGGGCUCGGGUUAGGUGGAAUUAUCAUCGUGUGCUCACAAGCUGCACCCCGUGAGGCAGACCCGAUUGUCUGCUCUGGCUGUGGGGAUUCUUUCGCAGAUCUUACAGGCAAAGCUGAAUAUUAUGACUCGCACCACCCUUGCAGGCGCUAUUGAGAGCUUCCUUGACCUACGUCGUGCGUUGUUGUGCCACUCACUAUGUCUAUCUGGUGAUAUUCAUGACAAAAUGAACCCAGCCUUUACUCAGGGGUGUCUAUCUGCGCGUAGGCGCUUCUCGGUAAGGGAGAGCUUAUCGAGGAACUAAAUGCUUCAUUGUCGUUCUUGUGCGUUUAACUCUGUUUUGCCAGCUGCCUUUCAUCUUGGUGUGUAGUGUGAGCCCAGAAGGACACAGAAAAAACACUGGAGAAAUUGUUCACUGCUUCCUCAAUGUGCACAGCAGACUAUCUCAAAUGUACCUGGAAACCGCAGCUCGGAGAUGAAGAUGGAGCAGGAAAUUGCUGGAGCUGAACCUUUUUAUUUGCUUCUAAGAAUUGUUCUUAUCUUUCAAUACAGUUUCAUAGGUAAAUUGUUCCUUUCAAAUUCCAUGCUAUAAUGAUAGGCGGGGUUUUUUGUGGGUUUUGGUUUUUUUUUUCUGGUGAUAUUUUGCAAAGGUUGAGAGGGUAUAUUACUCUCCUAUUUUUGGGCACGCAAAAAAAAAAAAAAAAAAAGAAAAAAGCGAGCUUGUGAGUCAGGUGGCUGCUGCAGGCUCAAAGUUCCGAGGUUGGUUUCAUGUAGGAAUAUUAAAUCGUUAUUUUUAACAUUUUUUCUGGGAAUUCUAAAGUUCUUCAAAAGAUGAGAUAUAAUUCUCUACAUCUCGCAUACAAGGAGACUGAAAUACAGAAUAUUACAUUGCUCUUUCAAGAGCACUAAAGGAAACUGAAAACUUUAAAGAAAAAAAUGGGUGGAAAGUAACAUGCAUUGAACUUAAAUUUUAAAAAAAUGUAAUUUUGUAUCAAUGUAGUAGAGAUUAAUAUAAUUCCAUAUAGGUUAACUGGAUUGAUAUGAAUAAAACUUAUUCAUUUGGUUUUGGAAGCAUAAAGUCAUGAACAAAACCAAGUAUACUGCUGACCUACAGCUUGCCUGGACACCUGAUCGCAUCCUUGGUCAUAGCACGUGCUUCUACCAGCAGCCAUCUCAGUUAACCAAACGAUGGAUUACAUGCCUCAUACUGACUUCUUGUACAAAACUGACACAAAAAUUGUGUGAGUCUUUGUCUGCAUUGCACCUAUUCGUGAAUUUUUAACACUUUGAAAGCUUUCCCAGGUUUUUUGCUAGAGGCUAGUUUGUUGCCAAUAACUUAAGUAUCAAUAACAGAUAACAUAAUACUAUUUUUAAUUUUCUGUAUGCGUUUUAUAGGCAUUUAAAAAUAGCCUGAAUGGAAAUACAAAGACUUUAUAUCCAACCAAGAGAAAUAUUUUGUUAUUAUAUAUUUUAGUCAGUGGUAACCACAGGUUUUUUACAGAGAAGCCAAGCAGCGUAAAAAUAUUUAUUAUUUAUUCACAGAUUAAUGCAUACUAUUAUUCAGACAUUAAAACAGCUUCCCAUUUUACUAAGUAUCCCAUAAUGCCCCUGUAUCAGGUGCAGAUGUGCUGUCCUUGCAGACAUAGACCAUCUGAUUUAAAUUCUUAGAAGAAUUCUUAUGAUAAAUUCUUAUUUUUAUUCUGUAUGAUGAUUUUCUGUAGAAACAUAUUUAUCUUAAAGCUAUUUUGAAAACCAAUACUUUAGCAUUCAGAAACAUGACUAAACGUAGAUCAUGAUGCUUGCUGAGCUGCUGUUGGCAAUUUUUUUUAGUGGAGGCUUUAGGACCAUAGCCAUCAUGGAGAGUCAGGAAUUAGGGAAGUACUGAGUUUGGUAUUUAUGAAUGACUUUGUAUGGUAUAAGUAAAAAUUGUUAUGGUAUAUUAUAAAAAAAUAAUCUUUAUACUAUGUUGUAAAACUAAAAUCAGGAACCAGCUGAAAAAGAAGUGGUUUUGAAAAAAGUAAAAUAUCUGAGGAGGAAGGCUUCCACUGUUCCCAGCAUCUCCCGGACUCCCAGGGCAGAGGCAGCAUUGGGGUCAAAGAAGGAUGCUGGUGACAAAUUUGGGUGCCCUUAGGCAGGUCUUAGAGAGUUUGGGAUUACAGUUUCAGACUUUACGCAGUGUUUUGACUCCUGAGUCCUUCACUAGAACUCUAAAAUCCACUUUUAGAAGACAAUUUUUUGAAUAAUGGAUUGCACCAUAUAAUUCUUACUGUACCCAUAUAUGUGUAUGCUUGUCCCAAGCUAGCACUAAGCUUUAUAGAAAAUAUCAAAGUUUUCUGCACUGAUAAUGUUUUCCACAUGAUAGUUAAAAAACCUCUGCUAUUGUCCUUUAGGUCUUGGUGUACCUGAUUUGAAAAAAAAAAAUAUAAGAAAAACUAUUUUAUCAGGCAUGUGCUGAAACUCCUGUAUGUUUAUCUUUUAAUAUACCCUGA